AUGUUUAAUGGACAGCAUCCCUUUUGCAAGAAGAUUUGUUGCGGAGUCUCCGACCCUCUUCUCGUCAAUAUCGCAGAUAUAGGUUUUAACCUGGCAAUUCAACUAAUAAAUACGCAUUCUAAAUUGAUACUCCAAACACUCUAUGCCAAAAUUGACGAAUUUGUUAGUUUGAUUGAUGAUUCCAAGCUAGAACUUGCUUUGGCAAGGUUGUCUGCUGAUUUGCCUUUAGCUCAUUUGGCCAAAACCAUACUAUAUCACAAUAAUAUUAACUCAUCAAAUUCAACAACAGCUGCCACUAUUACUACGACCAAAAAUGGAGUUUAUCUGGAAAAUUCUAAUAAGUUGCCAGAUAGAUUAAAUCUGCCAGUAUUUUACAAGGACUUGUUGAACAAGAAAAGUCUACUCACUGCACAAAAUAUUUCAAAUUACUACCAUGCAAUUGCCAGACUUUUCGGCUCCCCCUCAAUCCAUUUAUAUCUAAAGCAGCUGCAACAAUUCUCUACAUCACAAAUUGCAAUUGAAAAAGAGCUAUAUAGUUCAUUCAAAAAAGUAACUCUAGAAUACUUCGAGUCCACAAAAAUCCAGUUUACAACAUAUUUAACACAUUUAUCAUCAAAAAUUGGACCCCAAAAUUUAUUGUGUUUAUCGCAAGAAUCCAAUCAGUUACUUAAGGGUUUAAUGCCCCUGGGCAUUAGGAAUUUUGUUAAAAUCCACCAAGUUGGACAGGGCGCUUAUGGUGAUGUUUGGUUGGCAGAGGAUAUUGUCAACCAACGCACUGUAGCCCUUAAGAAGUUGAAGUUGAAUGAGGAAAGGGAGGGAUUUCCUAAGACUUCCAUAAGGGAGAUUUUGCUACUAAACUCACUGAAACACAAGAACAUAGUAAAUUUACUUGGCAUUGUACACUCUAAUACAUCAAAAGUGAAUGUGUGGAUGGUAUUUGAAUACAUGCCAUUUGAUUUAAGCGGUUACAUUGAGGCGCUUAGGGAUUCUAGGGAUAAGAGAGAGAAGUUUAUUCGUCCUGCUACUUGGUUUUCCACUGGAGAAGUUAAAAAUAUAAUGCUACAAUUGUUUAGAGCACUAGCUCACUGCCACAAGAAUAAUGUGAUUCAUAGAGAUUUGAAAAGUGCGAAUAUGCUUAUUAGCAAUGAUGGUACUAUGAAGUUGGCUGAUUUUGGUCUUGCAAGGUUCAUCCCUUUAGGCAAGGGCGUCCUAACUAAUAGGGUGGUGACUUUGUGGUACAGGCCACCGGAAUUGUUACUGGGAAGUGAAACCUAUGAUGCCAGUAUUGACAUAUGGAGUGCCGGCUGUAUUAUGGCGGAGCUGCUUUGCGGUACUCCAUUAUUUGCCGCAGAUAAGGAGCCACUUAUGCUAAAAAUUAUGGCGGAGCGUCUAAAUCUACCGUCCAAAUCUGAGAUAAACCAUCUGUCAACUUUACCUCUGUGGAACAAUAAAUCUCUAAACCCGUUGCAUCCAGAAAAAAUUGGAUGUAUUGUUCCUAGGGCUGCUGAGUUUGAAAAACUAUUUAAGACCCGCAAUGAAAUCGGUGAUGAUGGUUGGGAUUUGCUCAAGUCAAUGCUCAGAUGGGAUUCAAACGAUCGUAUAUCAGCUUCAGACGCACUAUUGCAUCCUUGGUUCAAAAAUCCACCUUGCAUUGAACCUCUCAAAGAUCGUCCAAAUGUGCGUGCUGCACAUAGUUUUAUGACAAAAAAUCAACGGAAGAGAGAAAUGGCUCAGCCUGUUUCAAAGAAACACGAAACUUAUGUAAAGCAUGCGCUAGCCGGUCACUUGCGUAACGUUAGCAUGGGCGAAAGUAAAGUUGAGGAUGAAGAGGAUGCUAAAAAGAGGAAGAGAGCAGAACUGUUUUUGAACAUAAACAAUUGA